AACUCCUUCUUCUUCUUCGUUCUUCACCACAUUCAUCUUCAUCUUCCCCAUUACAAACCCACCUAUUUGCUCAGCACACCCGCCUCGUGGGCUUAGGCUAGAACUGGCGUUAUCUCAGGCAACCGACUCCGACUCCAGCAAUCACCGGCUGGUUCUGACCCUCUAUGAGGCCCUGAGCUCCCGUGACGUGGCCACCGUCCACACCAUCGUCGCCGCCGACCUCGAGUGGUGGUUUCAUGGUCCCCCGACCCACCAGUUCUUGAUGCGCAUGCUCACCGGUAAAAACGACGCGUCGUUUGAGUUUAAGCCUCAGUCUAUCUGCUCCGUCGGGCCAGUAGUCCUAGUGGAGGGCUGUGAUCAGGUGCAGGAAAUCUUCUGGGUGCACGCCUGGACUGUCAAGGAUGGGAUAAUCACCCAGGUUAGGGAGUACUUCAACACUUCCCUCACCGUCACCCGCCUCGGGAACUCUGCCGCCAAAUCUGCGCCGUCCAAGUUUGCGAAAUCGGCGUCCGAGAUUACCUCGUACCACUGCCCCUCCGUCUGGGAGAGCUCCAACCGGGUCGGGAAGUCGGUUCCGGGUCUGGUCCUCGCCAUCUAAAGCCCCCUCCAGAUCUAUUUGGCGUGGUUCUUAAUUUAUUUCAAUAUUAUUAUAAAUAAGUGGGGAUUACGUGUUGUGAUCUGAGUGGUUUCUGCGAAUGGGCUGAGGCUACUCGGAUAACGGCGACGUAAGACCCGUUAGGAGUUUGUUUGGUUUCGGGUUGUUGUCUUUUAGUUUGGUUUGGUUGUGUUUGUUUUUCUGUGUGUGCUGGUGUUGGUGGAACCAUGGGGUCGAGGGCCUUCUGGUCAUAUCCUGACGCCUCUAUGUUUGGAGAAUACCAUUAUGCAAUAAGAACGUGUGUUUUCGAUAAA